UUCUCCUUAUUGGCCUGAGAUUGGCUCUGGGUUCAUGUAUCAUCUUAGUUGUUGCUUUUGGUGGAUCAGACAGGAUCAGAAAUGGGGCUUUACCUGAAGUAUGUACCCUACAGGGUACAGCUCGUUUACCUGCAUUCUCUGGAUGGGGAAUACAUUAUUGGCGGAGUUUUUUCCAUCCACUUCAAGGAGCUUACAAAGAUUCAUAACUACACCACUGCACCUGAGCCGACCACCUGCACAGGGAGUAUCAACAGUCGUGAACUGCGCUUCUGUCGUGCAAUGAUGUUUGCAAUUGAGGAGAUCAACAACAGCACAGAGCUGCUGCCUGGGAUUAAACUUGGCUAUGAGAUCCACGACUCAUGUGCCUCUGUGUCUAUGGCCAUGCAAGUUGCAUUUCAGCUGUCAAAUGGGCAUGACCCUGUGUUUCACACAGGCAAAAACUGUUCUCACUCAGGUGUUGUGAUGGGUGUUAUUGGUGAGUCUGGUUCCACACCAUCCAUCAGCAUGUCACGUAUCUUUGGACCCUUCAACAUUCCUCUGGUGAGCCACUUUGCCACCUGUGCUUGCCUGUCAGAUAAAGAGCAGUACCCAACAUUUUUCAGAACAAUUCCCAGUGACCAUUAUCAAGCUGAUGCGAUGGCCAAACUGGUGAAACACUUUGGUUGGACUUGGAUAGGAGCUGUCCACUCUGACUCAGAUUAUGGAAGAAAUGGCAUGGCGUCUUUUCUGGAAGCAGCACACAGAGAAGGGAUCUGCGUAGAGUACAUUGAAUCUUUCUAUCGGACUGACCCACACAAGAUACGAAUCGUAGCUGAUGCUAUCCGCAAGUCAACAUCGACCGUCGUAGUAGCAUUCACAGCUGCUGGUGAUAUGAAAUUCCUGUUAGAGGAGCUAAAUCAACAUCCUCCUCCACCUCGUCAGUGGAUUGGAAGUGAGGGCUGGGUAACAGACCCUCAGUUAAUGAGAUUCAGCUUCUGUGCAGGGGCAAUUGGAGUUGCCAUUCAGCAAUCCAUCAUCCCUGGCUUUAGAGACUUCCUUCUGGAUCUCUCUACCUCUGAAGUGGCUGCUUCCUCAGUGCUGACAGAUUUUUGGGAGGAUGCAUUCAACUGCAGCUUGACAAAAACAUCCUCUGCACAGAAAAAAACAUGUGAUGGAACUGAAGACUUAAAGAUGCUCAAGAUCCCAUAUACUGAAACAUCUAAAUUCAGAAUUGCUAACAUGGUGUACAAGGCUGUUUAUGCCAUAGCACACGCUAUUCACAAUGCAGUGUGUAGGAAAACUAAUUUCACUACCUACUGUGUAAAACAAACAAGGUUAAAGUCAGAUCAGAUUUUCACUGAGCUGAAGAAAGUCAAUUUUACCCGAAAUGGUUACCAUGUGUCAUUUGAUGCUAAUGGUGACCCUGUGGCUGCUUAUGAGGUCGUCAACUGGCAGAAAAGUGAGAGUGGUGUCAUUGAGCCUAUAACAGUGGGGUACUAUGAUGCAUCACUGCCAAAGGGCCAGGAGUUUCGUAUUUACAGGAACUUAACCUGGUUGGAUGGUGGCACACAAGUACCUGUGUCAGUUUGCUCUGAGAGUUGUCUCCCAGGGACUCGAAAAGUUUUGAGGAAAGGAAAACCCAUCUGCUGCUAUGAUUGUACUCCGUGUCCUGAAGGAGAGAUUAGUAAUAUGACAGAUUCUCCUGAUUGCAUCCCAUGCCCCAGAGAGUUCUGGCCAAAUUCAGGCAAAGAUGCUUGUUUUCACAAACCUGUGGAGUUUCUUUCUUUCGAUGAAGUGCUGGGAAUUAUUCUCGAAGUAUUCUCUGUCAGUGGGGCCUGUCUUGCCAUCAUAACAGCAGCAGUUUUCUUUCAGCACAGAACAACUCCAAUUGUCAGAGCCAACAACUCUGAGCUGAGCUUCCUUCUGCUCUUCUCUCUGACUCUGUGUUUCUUAUGUUCUUUAACUUUCAUCGGAGCACCUUCUAACUGGUCCUGCAUGCUGCGACACACAGCAUUUGGCAUCACCUUUGUUCUAUGCAUCUCCUGUGUGCUUGGGAAAACUAUUGUGGUUUUGAUGGCAUUUAAAGCUACACUUCCAGGUAGUAAUGCCAUGAAAUGGUUUGGCCCACCUCAACAAAGAAUGACUGUGGUGUCUGUCACUUUUAUUCAGAUUUUAAUAUGUACUUUGUGGUUGGUUGUGAGUCCUCCCUUCCCAGUGAAAAAUCUAACCACAUACAAGGAGAAGAUCAUCCUGGAAUGUGCAUUAGGCUCUGCUGUUGGCUUCUGGGCUGUGCUCGGCUACAUCGGCCUGCUCGCUGUUUUUUGCUUUGUGUUAGCUGUUCUAGCUCGGAAACUACCUGAUAAUUUUAAUGAAGCCAAAUUGAUAACAUUUAGUAUGUUGAUAUUCUGUGCAGUCUGGAUCACCUUCAUCCCAGCAUAUGUCAGCUCUCCUGGAAAAUUUACUGUGGCUGUGGAGAUAUUUGCCAUUCUGGCCUCUAGUUUUGGACUGAUAUUGUGUAUAUUUGCUCCAAAGUGUUUCAUUAUUUUGUUUCAACCAGAGAAGAACACCAAAAAACAUGUAAUGAACAAGAAUUGAUUGUUUACUGCCAAAAUUUGCAAACACAAUAACUUGAUGCAAGAUUCAAAAUGUCUCAGACUAAUCACUUCUUUCUAAUCAACAAUGUUUCGUAUUCUUUUUAAAUAUUUAUCUCUACCAAUAAUACUAGACCUGUUCUACUUAUGUGUAAUUUUCUUCAUAAUAUUUUUAUUUAUUUGUGACUUAAUGGAAAAUUUCCUGUAUAUCUGCUUAAA